UCGACUCCCGACUUUCUCCUCUCCAUUUCUCUCUCUCAAUAUCGCAAUGAAACCCUAAGACGAAAACAUCUAUAUCUACCUCCAAAUCCCAUUCCAUACCUAUAAAAGGCUCCGUUUUCAAAUCCUCCCUUGUAUAAAUCCUACGGACUCCUCAUUUCCCCGCCAAAAUCCAACUUUUUUUGCUUCUGAUCGUCGAAUCGCUCAUUGAAUCGGCAGAAAUCACUGUCCGUCUCCUCUGCUUUCGACCUUAGUUUCAAUCUCGCCUAGAUCUAUCCAACUUUGCUGCGAACCCAUCGAAAAAUUACGUUUUGUUUCUUCUUUGAGCCUUUUGAUCUCGAUCGUUUCAAGAUCUCCCUUUUUGUCGGAUCUGUUCUCAUAUAUUAAUCAUUGUUCAUCUCUCGCUAAAAAGAUCGGUCUUUGGAGAGCGUUUGUUGUAUUCGAGUUAGAGGAAAUAAGGUUUAAAAAGAGUUCGUGACGAUCUUAGAAUAUGGCAGAGGGCUUGGAGGGGAGUCAGCCGGUUGAUCUAGCCAGGCAUCCUUCUGGUAUUGUCCCCACGUUGCAGAAUAUUGUUUCAACUGUUAACUUGGAUUGCAAGCUGGAUCUUAAAGCAAUUGCCUUGCAAGCCAGAAAUGCUGAGUACAACCCCAAGCGUUUUGCAGCAGUUAUAAUGAGAAUUAGAGAACCUAAAACCACUGCACUGAUCUUUGCAUCAGGAAAAAUGGUGUGCACUGGAGCUAAGAGUGAAAUGCAGUCCAAGCUUGCUGCUCGGAAGUAUGCUCGUAUUAUUCAGAAACUUGGCUUCCCUGCCAAAUUCAAGGAUUUUAAGAUUCAAAAUAUUGUUGGUUCUUGUGAUGUGAAGUUUCCCAUAAGGCUUGAAGGGUUGGCUUACUCACAUGGUGCUUUUUCUAGUUAUGAACCAGAAUUGUUCCCUGGUCUGAUUUAUCGAAUGAAGCAGCCAAAAAUAGUGCUUCUCAUUUUUGUUUCAGGCAAGAUUGUUCUUACUGGUGCAAAGGUGAGAGAUGAGACUUACACAGCAUUUGAAAAUAUAUAUCCUGUACUGACAGAAUUCAGGAAAACCCAGCAAUGAUAGCAAAUUGAGAAGGUUAAAAGCCAGCUGAAGCUCAAACACCCAAAGCUCUCAACUGUAUAUAUGCAUGGGGAUGAAUGCUACAAUAGGAAUAUUGUUGCAGCAGUUUUUUGUUUUCCCCAAAACUUGCUAUUUUUCAUACCAGGAUUUUGAGCUUUUCAUGAUCAGUAUCCACUUGUUAACUGAUAGAUGGCCUGCAAAAUUUGUUCCUCUGCAAAGAUCAAAUAUUCUAAAUAGAGCUAAAUAAAAUGUGUUCAAUGACCAGCUUGUUACUA